AUGUUAUCGAACAGACCAAUAACUUUGAGAAACCUAAGAUUCAAUCCGUUGGAUUCGGUAACAUUCAGAAUGGAGCCUCGACGUCAAAAAGUACCAUAUGAAAUUCAAAACGACGAAGAUGUGGAUAUCAUUGUCAAAUGGAAGUCUACAAGAGCCAGAACGUUCAACACGCAACCCAAUUAUGCCAUUAUUCGUUCAAAAACCAAAAUGACCUUUCAAUUAGUGUUCAAAGGGAUGGAAAGAGGAGGAAAUACGCCGGCGGAUCGUUUCACGGCGGUGAUUUCGGCGAUCAAACCAACGGAUCAGCCGGCGAAACAAAUCUGGAAACUGCACGAACUUCGGUCGGAGCUUUUGAUUGGGUUGAAACACAAAAAGUUUGUUUUUGUGAUCUUCGAAGGCGUCAACGAGCCCGAAUGGUGGAAUAGAUCAGUUUUAGGAGAGGAUGAGCCCAUAUUGCCCAAUUUUGGAAUUGAUAAGGAUGAUGAAGAAGACGCCGAAUUACAAAAUAAUGCGAUGAGAGCCGGGGCAUAUCAACAUGUGAAUCUUCAGCUGGACCCUCCAGGAGAUCCUAACCAAUAA